ACGCUCGAGUCCCUUCGGCAGGGCUGCCGCUCGCUUUCCGUACAGGUCCGUUCUUAUCCCUCUCGUGCGGUCGACGCCGGAGAACGAGAGGCUGCUGUUCAGGCAUGAAGUUCACUUUCCUGGUCUUGUUGGCAGCAGUCGCGUGCCCAUGGGCCACCGAAGGUUCGGACCAAGAAAGCGAUUGCCCAGCUCGAUGCGUCUGCGAGCACAACCAUACCAGAGUGUCCUGUACGCAUGCACAACUAACUGUUUUUCCAAACUCACUCCCGGGUCACCUGCAUUUCCUAAAUAUAAGUUUCAACGACGUCAAGUCGAUACCGCUGCUUCACGAGCAAAAGCUCACCACCCUCGUUUUAUGCCACAAUGCGAUCGAUGUCAUCCUCAGAGGCACCUUUAAUAGACUCAACGAUCUGCACACUCUGGAUUUCAGCCACAAUCGCCUGUCGAGCCUUGACGCGGACGACUUGGAUGGCCUGGAAUCGCUCCAAUUCCUCAGUCUGGAGGGUAACUCGCUAAGAAAUCUCGCUCCGUACGCCUUCCAUAGGACCCCGAACCUUAAGACGCUCCGGUUAUCGAACAACCCUCUCAAGUUCAUCGACGCCACUUGGUUUAGAAACCUCGAUGUCUUGGAGUCGCUGGAAGUUCGUUCUAUUGACGCCCAUAGCAUCACAGACAACGCGUUCAGCCUGGCUACGAGACUAGAAAACAUCGAUCUUUCCGACAACGACUUUGUUGACAUUCCAAGAGGACUGGGCAGUGCAAGGAACCUCAAGAUUCUUCGGAUGGACCAGAACCCCCUGGUCAAGCUCGACAGCUCGUCAAUGUCCGGAGUGCGAAGACUGAGAGAACUGUACCUCUCGCAGAUGCCCCAACUGGAAGCCAUAGAAGAUGGCAGCUUCUGGUACAUGAAGGCCCUUCGAGUGGUUGAGAUCAGCGGAAACCCGCUACUUAAAGUCGUCAGUGCAUCGGCUUUUCAGUGGAAUACGUCACCAAUCCUGAGGAUGGAGUUGGCGAACAACAGUCUAUCGACGCUCCCGGAGGGCUUUGUGGAGUGGUGUGGGAAGGGAAAACUUGAUCUUGGAGGCAACCCCUGGUCGUGCAACUGCGAGACGUCAUGGAUCAAGCGGUGCCGCUCCACCGAGGGAUUAAUGUGCUCGAGCCCACCUCGGCUGGCCGGGAGGUCCCUGGACGAGGUGGACGUCUCCGAGAUGACGUGUCCGCUGAGCCGCACUCUGCUCCUCCAGUUCGAGAACACCGCCAACAACAAGAUCGUGCUCGCCGGCGUCGGCGCGUGCGCCCUGGUCGUGUCCCUCGUCGCGGGGAUGUACCUCUGGCGCGAAAGGAACACGUUCCGGACGAAGGGGGACCGCUACGGCACCGUGUACUACGUCCACGUGAAUCACAAAAGUGACGCCGCCUGACCGCUGAAUUCCAAAGAGCGUUCUCGGGGUUUGGUAAAACCGGACUGGACGGAUUGAACACCAGUUCAGUCCGGACGCAUUGAACGUCAGAAGGAGGCCUGACAGCUAAGGUAGCAGUCAGGCCUCCUUCUGACGUUUUAAUGCGACGUACUCGGUAGGUAUUUAUUUAUACGGAACUGAUCAACGGAAUCAUCGGGUCUUAUUUAUUAAGUGUUAAGUUAAACGCGAAUGGUGCUAGGGAACCACGUGAACACCAUGUUUUUUUUUUGUUUUUUUUUUCUCGUUCGUUUGGCGGUUGCGAUGCGAAUGCUGAGUCGAACCCACACACGCGUUCUCGCCUUUUCUUGCGCAAUACACUGUUAGCAGACA